AUGCUGCGCUCCUUGGUCGCAAUGCUCUUCCUGCUGCCGGCUGCGGCACGUCCGCGCCGACUGGGCAAGACGCCUUCGUUUGACUCCAGCAGCGCGCGAAGCACCCCGACCAACUUUGCAAUGGUCUCCCGUGUUUACAUCCCUUACAAUGCCUCCUCAAGUGCGCUGGCCUUUGGCAUGGGCGCUGCAGAGCAGGUGGCUUAUGACCAUACGCAGAUGUAUGCCUAUGCGGUGUCCGAGCAGGGCGUGCUGAAUGUUAUCGACUGGCAGAACGUCAGCAACCCGCAGGUGCUGUCUAAUUUGGCCUACGACUUUGCUGGCGCCAAGCUGACAGACAUCGAGAUCUGCUCCUCGCAGGGGGUGAUGUUCGUCGGGGCGGGCGCUGCAGACACCGUGAGUAACGGUCAGGUGCAUGUGCUGUCAACGGUGCAGCGAUCAUCCCCGACCAAGCCCGUGAGCCACGGCACGCUGACUACGGGCCCCUUGCCGGACAUGGUCCUCCCCAACAGCGACUGCACGAAGCUGGCUGUGGCCAAUGAGGGCGAGGGCGAGAUCAUCAGCGACUCGCUCGUGGACCCGGAGGGCACCGUGAUGAUCAUCACCGCCUCCGACUGGACCAACCCCAGCAGUGCCACGACGCAAACCGUGAGCCUCAAUGCCUACAACGACAGCCAGCUGAUGGACAUGGGAGUGCACCUGCCCUUGCCCAAGGGUGCCAUGGAGUAUUUCGACGACCACUCCAAUUGGAAGGAUAGUCUGAACUUCAGCGCUGCCCGGGCAGCUUACACUUCGGCCAUGAACCUCGAGCCCGAGUAUCUCUCCUGGUCUGCGGAUGACACCACCCUCUUUGUGAACCUACAGGAGAACAACGCUGUCGCCGUCAUUGCCGUGCCAGCUUCCGGAAGCCCCACGCUGAGCACCAUUUCUGGGCUUGGGAUGAAGGACCACGGCACUGUGCCCAUCGACAUCAACAAGGGAGAUAAGGCCUGCACCCAAGCCACGUAUGCUGGCCUGAUGACCCUGCGCCAGCCGGAUGCCAUCCAGGCUGUCCAAGUAGAUGGCAAGACCUACGUCAUCACUGCCAACGAGGGCGAUGACAAG